CCUGCCCCCGCCUCGAACUCGAGGGUGUGGCUACGCGAACACCAACACUGUGCUUGCUGGGACAAGAGGGGGUUGCUCCGCGAGACUAGAAACAGUAAGGCCCCACCACCAUGGCCUCCACCCAACUAUCACCACUUGAGAUAGUGGAUGCUCUUGAUGAACUAACAAUAGAGAAGACGAAGGAGCUAUUUUUUCAUCUCAGUGUCCAACUCAAAACUCUUGAUGACAUUGACACAAACACAACAGGAGAAAUGCGCAAGAUCCGCUACGUCAAGGCCUGGUUUGACCAGGAGGCGGGGGCCAGUUGGGAGAAGAUUGUAGCUGGCCUAAAAAAAAUAGGUAUGACGGCACUGGCCAACACUUUGGCAACUCGGCAAUAUUUAGGAGGAACUCCGACCCCAGCAUCCGUCAUUAUGACUCCUGGCCCCGACCACCUCUCAUCUCCAGUGACGGCAGCCCCAGAGGCAGGUGGUCCUGAACCCAUUGGAUCAUCUCCCAGUGAGCCAGCCCUCGGUCCCCUGGCACGUCCCUCCUCCCCCACUGACAGGGUGUCACAGGUGAGAGCCGAGAUCGACCGACUCAGUGACACCUUCUCAGACCUCAUGUCCGACACGAGAGAUGAAAUGUGCACGAGAGAAAGUAUAGAUCCACGGUUUCUUGACAAGUUUCGUGAUCGUCUUUUAGAUCUUCCUGUCGCCAAAAGAGCACCACACACCAAGUUUUUUCAUGAAAGGCUGGAUGAAUUUCUAAAAGCAGAGAAUACUCGAAAAAUAUUUGCCAUCAUCCGGUGCUACAGCAGCUACCGCAACUACGCAGUUCUCCGAGAGGUGGUCAGGAAGUUCUGUCAGGGUUCGCUCCAGCAAAGGAUGCAGGAAUACUGCGACUCACUCGAGAAAUUUGAGAAAGCGACAAUGGUCGAUGUGUACCUCGAGGCCAUUGAAGCUAGUGAUGUUCUCAGCUCAGAAUUCACUAAAAUGACGGUAAAGAUCAACAAGCCUGUGUCGCAGUGCACUCUCCACGAAAUUCGCAAGACGACCGAAGCGAUCGCGGAAAGAGCGUCUCUACAGUCAUACAGUGUGUACAUUGGGCCGGUGUUGGAGGGCUCGGUUGUGCUACAGCUGGGACUCCCUGUCAGCUGUGUGGGGUGGAUUCUGGGAGCCUUGACACCCGACUUCCUAGCCACACAUCUCCUGUCAGACGUGGUCCUCGGUCAAGAUAUGAUUUUUACCAUAGACAAGCCUCUGGAGAUUUUGAAUGGUGAACUGUGGGAUGCCUGUAGGUCAGGAGAUGUGAUAACAGCUGCGUCUCUUCUCAAUAGUGGGGCUGAUAUCGAAGCUUUAUACUGGGAUUCAGGCACUCCUCUGCUCUUUGCCAUUAUGAAGGAUAAAAUCCAAGUGAUUCGUCUCCUGAUUUCGAGAGGAGCCGAUCUAAACCUGGGGAAUGGGUCACCACUGAAGUGGGCAGCUAGUGUAGGUGUUGAUGCCCUUAAGGAGCUGGUGCAAGAAGGAGCCAGUUUGGACCUUCAGGAUGAGAGAGGGGACUCUGCAGUCUUCUAUGCUGUAAGGCGACAAAAGCCAGAUGUUCUGAGGGAGCUGGUGAGGGCUGGGAGCAAUGUUAACCUCCUGAACGAGGAGGGCCUCACCCCUCUUAUAUAUGCCACCAUGACCGGGAGUUCCGUUAUGGCAAAUAUUCUACUGGAAGGAAAGCACAUCGACCUUGACAUUCAGGAGAAUGUCGGAAGAUGGUCAGCUCUCCACUUCUCUGCUGAGAAUGGAGACUCUGCUACCACGUACGCUCUCAUCAAAGCAGGAGCUAAUGUCGACCUCAAGGCCAAGAAUGGGUGGACGGCUAUUGAGAUGGCUGAAGUCAAGUCAGCAGACCAAGAAACUGCCCUUAGGCCUGAAUUGUCCCUAGGCUACAGACACCGCUAUAAUGGACCCAGAGAUUAUGGGAAAGUGAUUGAGCUGCUGAGAGGAAACCUUGUGGAGCCAGUUACUCCAACUUCUCAGCACGUAAGGAGAAUGUGUGCCUUUUAGAGUUUAACACACUACAAGCACUUCAGUUCAGUGUUUGCUCUAUUAAGGGGGUUGCCUGGGUUGAAUUUUAGAUUUUUAUAAUUACCUCUGAUACUUAGGAAACAUACAGGCCCACGUUAUAUGGCCUUUUCCUGCACCUCUGCCUACUUAUAGCAGUAAAAAGUGCACACUGCGCAUCACCCUGUAAUGUGUUCUGCAUCUUUAUCAGCACUUUUCUGAAAGUUACUUUUUUUGGCACGAGGACAAACGUAUUGCUUUCAUAGUACAUUGAAAUGUUGCAAAUAUGCAUUCAUUUGAUUCCUUAUGUUGUGAUCUAGGUAAUGACAUUUAGAUCUUAUUCAUAAGAGUAAGUGUGUUGAAGUUACAGUGAUUUGAAAGUGCAGAAAUCUGUCCAGUCUACCCAGGCAACCCCCUUAAUUCAGGACUUGGAUAUUCCGUCUACUACCGGAAAGGAAAGGUCAGAGGUGAGAGAUAAAGAGAGAGAGCUCAAACAAACAACAUGGAGGACAAGGGAGAUCAUAGAGAAGAGGAAGCCAAGACCUUCAGACAACCAAACUGAUACCAACAAUAAUUAGCAUCCACUUGUUUGUUACUUGGAACAUAAUUAUUAUAGUUGGCACAC